UGGAUACCUAUGAUGGAUAAGUAUCCAAAAGUAUCCAGGUCCAUCCCUGGCUAUGUUAAACAGUUGACUACAAUUACUGAUCUCUGAUAUAAUAGGCCGAUUACAUGGCAUGUUAAUAUGAAGUAUAUACCCUUGCACGUGGUACAAAUUCAUUAAGUAGAUUUGGGCUUCUGAUACAAGCACAUUUACUAUUAAACAAUCUAUUGAUUUAGGUCUUUAGGUUGAUUCACUUAAAUAGUAGGUGGUAUACGAUAUCCGAGACCAAAUAGGCUAGGGUUGUUUGGCAAAGAAUCGUGUGUUUUGUAGAAGUAGGAAACCAAAAAUGGCGGACCCUACUCAAGUUGGUCUAAUUGUGUUUUCCCUGAACUCAGCUCAAGAUUUAUCAGAAAAGAUAGCAAGGAGACUUGGUGUCAACCUAGCACCUGUCACUGUCAAACAGUUCCAGAACAAAGAGACGAAUGUCCAAUUGGAGAUGUCUGUCCGGGGUAGAGAUGUGUUCAUUAUUCAGUCGGGACAAAGUGAAAAGUCGUCAUGUAAUGAUGCACUUAUGGAGUUGCUCAUUAUGGCUCAUACAUGCAAGAUUGCCUGCGCAAGAAGAAUAAUAGGUGUUAUUCCUUAUCUACCUUACUCAAAACAGAGUAAAAUGAAUAAAAGAGGAUCAAUUCCUGCCAAACUUAUUGCAUCACUGAUGUGUAAAUCAGGCUUAACCAGUAUCAUCACCAUGGAUCUACAUUCUAAAGAGAUUCAAGGCUUCUAUAAUGUACCUGUUGAUAAUUUGAGAGCAUCACCUUUCAUUGUGCGAUACAUAUCAGAAUCAGUGCCUGAUAACAGAAAUGCUGUUAUUGUUGCAAAAAAUCCAGCUUCUGCCUACAGGGCAACAUCGUUUGCUGAACGCCUUCGGCUAGGCAUAGCUGUGAUCCAUGGAGAGCAAAAAGAGACAGAUUACGAUCAGCACGAUGGUCGACAGUCCCCUCCCCCUAGGGCUCAUUCGUCAACAAGUUUUUCCUUUGAUAUGUUCAAUGAAAAUGAAGCAUCCCUCGAUGUACCAGGAUUUAUCCCAAAGGAAAAACCUCCUAUGAAUGUUGUAGGCGAUGUAGGAGGCAAGAUUGCUAUCAUUGUUGACGAUAUCAUCGAUGAUGCUGCAACCUUUGUAGACGCAGCUACCGUACUGCGUGAACGUGGAGCUUACAAGAUUUACGUCAUGGUUACACAUGGACUACUAUCGGGUGAUGCUCCAGAACUCAUCGAGGGAUCAGAGAUAGACGAGGUCGUCGUCACGAAUACUGUUGCCCAUGAGUCCAAGAUAGCGCGGUGUAGCAAAAUCAAAUCAAUUGACAUUAGUCAGUUGUUAGCUGAAGCCAUUCGCCGAAUACACAACGGCGAGUCCAUGGGAUAUCUCUUCAGAAAUGUCCCAUUGGAAGAUUAGUGUACUGUUACCUUGAUAUGUAUUGAAGUAUGUGAUUUGUGGGUCAGCCUACGGUGGCCGAUACGUGUCUCUUAAAGUCAAAAUGCCAGCUUACAGAAAUUUAAAAUGGAAACACGCUAAAGACAAAUCGACGAGUUCUUAGCAUAUUUCAUUUCGAAUACUUUUGCUUUACCCCGUUUUCGUAUCGGCGACUUUGACUUUGCUCACUUUCGCUCCAGCCUCUUUGACUUCGCCAUUCGAGAACCGUCAGUAAUAAAAAGCGCCUGUAUUUGCUAUGUUUCUGUGAAGUAAAAGAGAAGUGAUAUUUUCACCAAACGUUGAAUUUCACAUGAGCCUAACCUAAGGACAUAAAAGUUGAUCCACCGCCAUUAUCCAUCGUCGCUUAGGCAGUAUUCAUUGUUUAAAGGUCAUGUUUGUAUAUGACAGUUUAACCAGAACCAUGAUUUGUUUCAUUGAAAGAGGCUUACAGGUCGUACAUACGAACUCAAUAAUUAAACACGUUCAAUAGCCAUA